AGUGACUCGUGAGCGUGAUACGCAAUGCGCGUUUGUCAUCUCGGCGGUAAUUACGGAAUGCGAUUGCGAUCGCGAGCCGUUUUUUUUGCACCGCGCGUUCGGGAUGUCACCUAAUUCAACUCCCACGGUCGUAUCCACCUUCCGUCUUUCCAAGCGAAACACUUGAACGCUACCGGGUCUUGGCCGAGUGAUUAUGCGUUUCGAGCCAAUUUGGCGAGUCGAUGGAGGGUAACUUUUGAUUUUCACGCGAAAUUUCCUGCUGAUCGACGCGUACAUUCUCAACUCCCACGCGUCGUUGUCCUCCUACGCGCGCGCGCAUGGUGUGUGUUGUGUACGUGUGUGUGCGGUGUGUAUAUGCGUGUACGCGCGCGCGAGCGCGCUCGUGUACGUGUGUAACGAAUGCCGCACGAUUGUACGGUGAGAAAAUCAGAGUUGAAAAAUUUCAAUAAUUAGUCUUCGACCGAAUGUUAAAUCUUGACUAUUGAUACUCUUGGAUAUGGAAUACACAAUGAGAGGCAAAGAACCUUCAAAGUCGAAGUCAUGGAUCUCCAGCUACACGAGAUGUUUACUGCACGCUAUCACUGGAUCAGGAGGAAAUAUUUAGAACGACGACUAUGGAAAGAACCCUCAAUCCAUUUUUUGGAGAGGAGUUUCAAUUUGAAGUACCCAGAAAAUUUCGGUACCUUGGCAUUUAUGUAUACGAUAGAGAUAGACACUUAAAGCAGGAUAAAAUUUUGGGAAAGGUAGCAAUAAAGAGGGAAGAUUUAGCUACAUAUCAUAAUAAAGAACAUUGGUUUCCUUUAAAACCAGUCGAUGCUGAUUCUGAGGUCCAAGGCAAGACACAUUUAGAACUUGCUUUGCAACCGCAAGUCGAACACGCUCAGCCUAAACUUACAGUAAGGAUAAUAGAGUGUAGUGAAUUAACCAUUAAAAAUGGUAGCUGUGAUCCCUUUGCAACUGUUACAGUCAUCUAUAGUAAUGGUAAACAAAUAUCAAAACGCACAAAAGUUAAAAAGAAAACUGCAUCUCCAUAUUUUAACGAAACAUUUGUAUUUGAGCCAGAAUUAACCGAGACCAGAGACAAAGAUGUCUCUCAUUAUUCUAUUGAAGGAGCUGAAGUUGGAGAAGUAGUUGUUGGUUUGUGGCACGCAUCUCCUGGUAUGGGAGAACAACCGGUGUUCCUUGGCGAAGUCCGAGUUACAUUAAAAGGAUUACAAAAACAGCCAACUAGUACAACAACCGCAUGGUAUUUUUUACAACCUAGAGCAGCAAAACAUCGUCCAAGUAAAAUUUCGAGUAAUUCAACACCACCUGGUACGUUACCAGGUUUGGGAUCUUUACGUUUGAAGAUUCAUUAUGUAGCCGAUCACGUCUUCCCAUCUGAAAUGUAUGAUAGACUUAAGUGUCUAUUAUUACAAAGUGUCAAUGUUCAGCCGAUAACGUCAUCUGCUGUUUACAUACUGGGUGAAAUUGUAGCUAGUAAAAUGGAAGCUGCGCAACCAUUAGUUCGAGUAUUGGUGCAUCAUGGACAGUUGGUGUCUGUAAUGCGAGCACUUGCUAGUCAUGAAAUUUCUAAAUUGACUGAUCCAACGACCAUUUUUCGCGGUAAUACAUUAGUGAGCAAAAUGAUGGACGAAGGCAUGAGAUUAUCAGGUCUUCAUUAUUUGCAUAGUACUCUUAGACCCGCAAUGGAACAAGUCUUUCUUGAAAAAAAGCCAUGUGAAAUAGACCCAACUCGAGUAAAAGAUGGCAAUACAACAGAGAUGAAUUUGACCAAUUUAAAGGAAUAUGUUGAAAGAGUAUUUACAGCUAUAACCACGUCGGGAGUGCGAUGUCCGCCUUUAAUGUGCGAAAUGUUCUGGUGUUUGAGAGAACUCGCUGCGACUCACUUUCCAAAAAAUAAGGAAGUGAGAUACUCGGUGAUAAGUGGAUUUAUCUUUUUACGAUUUUUUGCUCCUGCAAUAUUGGGUCCAAGACUAUUUGAUAUUACUACUGAACAAAUUGAUUCACAGACCAAUAGAACAUUAACAUUAAUAUCUAAGACGAUUCAAAGUCUCGGAAAUUUAGUGUCUUGCAGAGGUGGCGCAGGUAGCGUAUGCAAAGAAGAAUACAUGGAAUGUGUGUACCGAGAAUUUUAUACGGAAAGACAUAUACAAGCGGUCAAGCAAUUUCUAGAGUUGAUAUCGACUAGCAGUAAUAGUAGCGGUAUUACAAAACAACGUCCAACGGUAUUGCAAGAACAACCAGUGGUACUCAAAGAAGGAAUAUACUUUCUCUUUAUGCAUACUACUGAUUGUAAUAAGAGAGUAAUGAUUAAACGAGCACAAGGCAGAAAACGAUUUGGUCGUAAGAAUUUCAAGCAGAGAUAUUUUAGACUUACCACGCAUGAUUUGACAUAUUCUAAAACUAAAGGUAAAGAGCCUUUGUGUAAGAUACCAUUGGAAGAAAUUUUAGCGGUGGAAAGACUUCACGAAGAUUCCUUCAAGAUGAAAAAUAUGUUUCAAAUUAUUCAACCACAAAGGGCAUUGUAUGUUCAAGCUAGUAAUUGCGUAGAAGAAAAGGAAUGGAUUGACAUUCUUACAAAAAUAUGUCAAACGAAUAGUAAUCGCUUGGAAAAAUAUCAUCCAAGUGCAUACAUCAAUGGCCAUUGGCUUUGUUGCCGGGCAGUUGCUGAAAUUGCACCAGGAUGCAGUCAAGUGUCGCCAGGUAUAGAGGCUGGACUGCGAAUGGUCUUGGAUCCGGAUCGCGAUUUGCAGAGAAUACAUUCAUUAAUCUUUACAAAUAUGCCACGUCUCGAGACAUUGAUGAAUGCAUGUGAAUGCCAGGCGGUUUAUGGCGCUAGCGAUAUAUGUGUUAUUCCGGACGGUGGAUCGCCCAUAGAAGAUGUACCUUCGUGUUUCAAGACUUUAAACACACUUAGAGAAGCUGCAUACGCGUUACAGCGUGAACAUAGAGCCUACUUUAGAAGACUGGCACGUGACACCAAAUACGGCAGCAAACAAGCUCCCAUCGGUGAUGACAACUACCUCCACUUAGCUAGUAGAGCAGGAUUCGAUAAUCAGUUAGCAAAGCGAAUGUACGAGGAUAGUCUAAAUCAACGGUCCAUAGAGACGGAACAUUACGACACGGGAUUAUCUAGAAAAAUUGUCGAGAAUCAAAGAUACGACGAAACAUUCAGAAAGUGUCUUGAUUCCGAUUCCAUUAAUCGUAGGUAUGAAAAUGAAAACAACUUAUUGCGGGGAUACGAAAACAAUAGUGAUACUAUCAGAAGUAUCCAAAAUGAUCUCAGAAAAUUUGAUCAUAGUUUAAACAACACAUUAAGAUCUGAUAAAUCGGAGAGAAACGCUAAUGAAAAUAUGGAAAAUCACAAAAGGCUAGAUAGCACUAGUCUACUAACGGCAGAUAGUAUUAAUUUGUCAGGUACAUUAUCGCGAAAAUUGGCUAAUUAUGACAACACCAGAGUGCUGAGUGAAUGCACAUUGACAAGACGAUUACAAGAUGAUGUCCCUGACAUAUCUUGUAAUUCGAUGAGUGAGCGUGGCAAUCAUUAAUUUACCUAUGAUGUACAAAUAUAAGUUGAUAGAAAUAUUACGAAAAGGAGAUGGAAAAUUAGGAGAGACGGAAAAAAAACAGAGAUUUACGUUGAUCGUUUAGGAGAGCACUACAAUCCAAUUGUGGCUAUUUUUUUUAUUGCUAUGUAUAUUGUACAUAGGAUUAUAUGCAAAUUGUAUAAAAUCUUUCCGUUUUGUAUAAAUUAAUGACUCUGCUGUUAGAGGCAGUUUUUUUCUGUUGUGUGUAUGCCUGCCUUUUACGUAUCGUUUUAUUUUUUGGACGUUGGAUAAAUAUGAGAGUUACAACAGAAUGUAAUUUAACAUAACUUUUGAUUCGUUACCAUGCUGUGCAGAGAAUGUAACAUCUUGUCAUCACAGAGAAAUCUCUAUUAUUUAUUAUUUAUUUAUUUUUCACCUCAUUUCAAUAUAUUGGAGAUGUAUGUGAAUAUAAAACAUGACAAUGGCUGCGUUAUCGCAUAACCUGUAAUCUCAUUGAAAAGUCGAGUUUUUGCUUGUAUGAAAUACUUAAUAUUAGUUUUGUAAUAUGUUACGUAAUAAUAGUUACUAUUGUAGAUUAGAAAAAUUAUUCUGAUUGAAUACAAUUGUCGUACUAUCUUUGAUUCACAUAUAAUUCCAUCAAUUUUAAGUACAAUCCUUUUUUGCAUUAAUUAUAAAUGCACGCAUACACAAAAUAAGAAUAUAGAAAUGCCUAUAUUAAUGUUGCAAAUAGAAUUGAUUACUAUUUGGUGAAAAAUUUUAAAACUUUCAAACAUUUAUCUUUUUUAACACGAAUUGAACAUUUAUCUUUUUGUUGUAGUGUCAUAUUUGUACGAAUUCAAUUAAGCCAUAGAGAAAGAUACAAACAACAUGUGAUCAUACGAUUUACCUUAGGCACAAAAUAUGUAAAAUUUAUUCUUUACAAACCUAAUCGCAAGUAAAUUUUCUUUUACCGCAUCUAUUAUUUCAAACUUUUUUUUAUUAUAAAAGGAAAGACUAAAUUUAUUUUUAUUCACAAGAAUACGUAUCUUCCAUUAUCAAUUCUUAUAUUUUAUUAGUUAUUUUAAUAUAUAGAUUUUUACAUAAAAAUGAAAAUGUUGAACAUGUAGGAAAAUAUUAGAUCUGUUUAUUUUUUAAAAGAAAAGAAAUACGUAAGUAACAAAUAUAAUAAUAGCGAUUUUGGCUAGGGCGCACCGGUGUGUCACCUUACCGGUGGUACACAAAUUGGCUUCGACUAUUUUCUCAGGUCCAUUUUGUGUACACCCAAUAUGCACUUGUGAGGUGUAUCGAGCCCAGACGAACACGCGGCACCAUUGAGGGACUGCAUUAUUUGACUAGCCAAACACAAAAGUUGCACCGACACCUGAAAUGUGCAACCGAUGCGUCCCAGCCGAAAUCGCUAUAAGAUAUAUCUUGCAAUCUGAAACCAUUUUUACGCAUAGGCGUGUUUGUGCGUGCGUGCGCGCGCGCGCGUGCGCGCGCGUGUGUGUAUGUGUGUGUGUUGAAUAUUACUUUAAUAAUAUUUUGUCUUCAUAUAAUUGUUCGUGUAUUAUAUGACAUUAUAAUUGAUUACAUGUUGAAUGAAAUUUGAUCAAUUUCCUGUGAUAGAAUAUGUAAUCAGCAUUCAUAAUAACUAUCAAUUUACCCAAGUUACAAUUUUUCUAUAUAAGGUGUAUCAUUUACAAUUUGAAUUUUUUUAAUUUUUAGAAUAGACGUUUAUUGAAAGACUAUUUAAUUGCAUAUAGAUGAUGAUAAUUGUACAAAUAUCUAUUAGGGCACUUACUGUUUUAUUCUAAUUUUUGAAAAAAAAAGCUUUAAUAUGAGCUAUACAGAACACACACACUUGUAUAACUUUGCAUCAAAUUAAGAUUAAUUAUUUUUAAGAUUUUUUAAAUUAAUUGUCGGAUCAUUUUAUAAGUUAGAUAAUUUUUGAUAGAGAUAAAACAAUUAAUAUAAAAGUCAUAAAACACAUUUAUUAAAUUAAUAUAAAAAAAAUAACUUUCUAUAAUUAAAUUUUUUUAGAGCUUUUCUAAAAAGUGACAAUAUUUAGUUUCUGUUGCAAUAAAUUCUAAUCUAUUUAAUUAAAUUGAAGGGUUGAGGGGCGGGGGGGGGAGUGUGUGUUGAGUGUACGUACACGUUUGGGGAAGGGAGGCAAUAUUGUAUAUGUUUGUGAACGAGCCUAAAAACAUUUCUUCAUAUUUUGAUAAAAUAUGAAGACGAUUGCAUUAAAUAUGAAAAUAUCAGUUUUUUUUUUAGUGUUGAGGCUAUACAAAAGAAAGAUACCUUUUAUAUAUGUAUAUUCAAACUACAGUGAUUUAUAAUACAUAAAUAGAGUUGUGAAAACAUCGUAACCGAAAAUAAUAUACAUUUGAUGCGAAACUGGUAUGUCAAACAAAUAGGGGCUCUACAAGCCAUAUUAAUAUUAUGACUAUAAUCCCUCCAUUCUAGUAGAAGACAACUACGAUAACAAGAAUAUAAUUAAGACAAUUAAAGAGUGUACAGUUAUCUUGAAUUAUGCAAAUAUUAUAUGCAAUUUAUAAAUAUUAGAUAUGUACAGUGUACAGAAAUCUCUUUUCCAUGCGUAGGAAAUAGAUCUCCAUUUAAUAUUUUUAUCCAUUUGCUAGAUUUAAAAUAAUUUUAAUAAGUCUGUAGAUAAAUCAAAUUGUUUAUAAAAUAAUGGUUUUAUCUAAAUAUUGAGUGCGAUUAAAGGACAUACUGCGUGUGGACUUAGUUUAAAAACUUAACAUAUCCAUGCAAGGCCUUUGUAUAUAUAAAUCUUUUCGCUAUUCAAUGCAGAGAAAAUAUGGAAGUAAUAUUAUAUAAAUGAUUGUAUGUGUUAGGCGCAAAUUAAUGAACAAUUUUACAUGAUGUUAGUAUAGUACUAACUACAAUAUAAUAUCGAUUCUUCUUUCCUUUCAUAUGAUAUACGAUAUAGAGAAAUACAAGUAUCAUCCUCAAAUGAAACACGGCCGAGUCAAUUGAUUUAUAUAGUUAAUAUCGCAAGUACCUUGUACUUCGAAAGAAAUGUAAACUUGUUUAUAUAAUUGGUUAUUGAACUCAAUUGUUUAUUUAAUUGUUACAAUUGUAGCAAAUUUUCAUUUAAGAAGGAUUCAAUCUUGUAUUCUCUUGUCUUUCGAUAAUAUUAAUUCUGCAUUGCAUUUUCAAUUUACAAAUUUAAUAUAACUUUCUUAUAUAUUAAGUAAUAGCAAAUAAUCAAGAAGUUUACAGGAACGCUUACGUUAUCGCUUACGUUUGUAAUUAGAAAGCAUUGUUGUGGAAUUUUUCGCGCAAAAGCUUUGAUUAAAAACAAAAUGAUAAGUCGUUACAUGCGAUUCAAAAAAUCAAUAGCUGUUCAAAGUUUCAAUUCAUCUUAUUAGAAAACUGCAUUGAGCCUAAUAAAUUUAUCUCAUAGUAUACGUUCUCGAAAAAAUUUUCGAUGCAGUAUAUAUGGUAAUUCUACUUACGAACGGUAUUAUUUAUAUUAAUUUUAUAUUAUUAAUUUAGUAAUAUUUUUAUAUACACUAUCGUUGUGUUCACCAAGUAACUAUUGUUAUCUUGUAGAAAACCUUAGCAUAGACUGUGCCUUAAAAUAUAUCAAUGACUCGAGAA